AGAGGCAGCGAUUAUACUGAUCACAUACUACGUAGAGCUGUACGCUCAUGCAGCUUAUGCUGCUGCUGCUGCUGCCGCCGCCUGAGGAUGAGCCGGAGAGCGGGGACCAGUCACACGCGGGGAUGCGGGCAGAGGGGACGGCGCUCACCGCUCCUCCCACACCGGUGCACCCGGCUCUCGUAGCCUGCUUGAGGCUGCUGCAUCCGGGUUGUUCCCGGGAAGAGGAGGCCGCAGACUGUGACAGCGAUGAGGCCGCGGCCCUGAGUGACAGCAGAUGGCCGGGGACAUGGCAGGCGGCGGCAGGAAGAAACGGGUGCGAUUUGCACGGGCUGAGGACGAGCAGGCCGGGGAGGAGGAAGAGGACGAGGAGGACAUGCUGUGCGAGAAGCGGCCACCCAGCCUGGAGGAGGAUGGGAGCCUCAGGGGGGAAGCGGCGGACGAAGUGCGGCUGGUGCCCAGCGGCCAGAGAGGGAAAGGCGGCGGGAGCUCGUGUGUGGGGCUGCGGUGCCUGGUGACCAGCGUCUUGUGCGCUGCCUUCCUGGGGCUGGGAAUGGCCAUUUCUGUAUUAGGACCGACUUUCCAUGAUCUAGCUGUUAAUGUAAACAGCACUGUUGGAAACAUCUCCUAUAUUUUUGUGGGACGUUCCUUAGGAUACCUCAGUGGCUCUAUCUUGGCAGGUGUUCUUUUUGACCGAAUGAAUCAGAUCCUUCUCUUGGCAAUAUCAAUGUUUAUGACCUGUGGAGGCCUGCUGGCUUUACCAUGGUGUAAGAAGGCCGUACUUGUAACUGGAAUUAUGUGUCUUGUGGGCACAUCAAUGGGAUUCCUAGACACAGGAGGAAACGUAGUUAUUCUGAACACCUGGGGAGACGAGGCUGGACCACAUGUACAAGCUCUGCACUUUAGUUUUGCUUUGGGCGCUGUUCUAGCUCCAAUCUUGGCAAAAAUAAUCCCAGAAAUUCUGCCUCAAACAUCUGAUGAAUCGCUAGAUCUCUCUCUUGGAAUAAAAAAGUCUAUGCUGUCCUAUAUUGUUAUUGCAACGUAUAUUUUGCUAGUCUCGUUAUUUUUAUUUAUCUUGUAUUGUAAAAGUCCAGCACCUCAAUCGGAUACCAAGAAUUCAGACGAUAAAGUACAGACUGCCAAAUAUCACAAUGCACUUAUAUUUCUGCUUUUCCUGUUCUUCUUCUUCUAUGUUGGGGCAGAAGUUGCUUAUGGCUCAUACAUCUUUACCUAUGCCACCACUGUUGUAGGGAUGGAUGAAAAUGAGGCAGCUGGGCUGAACUCUAUAUUUUGGGGAUUAUUUGCUGCACUUCGAGGUAUGGCCAUCUGUUUUGCAACAUGUUUGUAUCCUGGCACCAUGCUGCUUCUUAGCGUGAUUGGCUGCACUGUGUCAUCUUUAUAUUUACUACUUUUUUCUAAAAACCGCAUUGUGCUUUGGGUAGGAAGUGCACUCUAUGGAGCUUCAAUGGCUACUACGUUUCCCAGUGGAUUUUCCUGGGCACAGCAAUACACAACCUUAGGAGGGAAGUCUGUUUCCUUAUUUGUGAUUGGGGCAGCGCUUGGAGAAAUGGCUAUUCCUGCAUCUGUGGGUUACCUUCAGGGGAUGUUUCAUCCACUCCCAGUACUUAUGUACUCUAUCCUGGCAUCAUCUGCAUUCACUGCAGUCUUGUUCCCAGUUAUGUACAAAUUGGCCACCUGUCCGAGAGACAAGACACGGUGGGAUGGAGUUGAAAGUGAAGACCGAAGAGCUUUACUUUCAGGUUCUGGAAUAGAAGAGGAGGAGGAAGAGGACGAUGCUCGGAAUUGGAAUGAAGUCGAUUUUGAAGCUAUUGAAAUGAAUGAUCACAGUAAGCAGUGUAACAGCUUGAUACUGGAGGACACAUUAGAGAUGACUUCCACUUCAGGCAUCAACAGUCAACCACUCUCAAAAAAUGGGACAGCGGGUGAUCAGAUGGCGGCCCAAUCGCCUUCAAAAAAACUUCUCAAUUUGGACAGAGAAAAAAAUGAUUAGAAAUGUCAUGCCAUGUUUCUUUGAUUAAGUGUGCAGGCUUGUCUGGUAGUAAAGAGUGUUGCUAAAAUUGCCUAAAAUGAUAGGUAUAAGAGGUGUUAUUUCUUAUGAUAUAAACUCUGAUGCUUCUAAGUAGUCUUAGGAAGCCUGGAAACCUAUUUGAAACCUGGUCAACUUUAUAACUACAUAAACACAAGUGUACUAAAGGAAGGUGUCUGCAUAUUCUGGUAUGGUGGAGGUUCACUGUGACUUGUAAUUAUCAGCCCAUACAAGCAACAAUUCCCUGAUUCUGAUUUGCUGACCAGUGGACUCUGAUCAGAGAUAUCUUGGGGGAUCAACAAAAUACAAGUUAAAAAUCCUGGAGUUGCUGAUUCCGAUGACAAUUAGGCUGGGAUCUGCAAAUUUGAGGUUGUCUAACAUGUUGGAUUUUGCUGACACCCCUCUUGACCCAGGCAUCGCCAGAACAGGGUAUUGCGCCAAUUAGUUCAUGAAAUGUUUGAAACCUUUCAAACAUUGUUGGCAAUGUGGCAUGGUAGUGAUAGAGGCAGAUGUCAGUCAACUUCUUAGGGAGCAAAUACAAGCAAGAAUUAAAGUAAAGCAAUAGGUCUCAAUUGCUUUUCCUCACCAAUUUUCAGAUGGUUUUGUGGUCCUUGUAGGACCAUUUGGAAACAUUAACUUGUAGCGAAGGCAAGGCUACAAUCCAGGCUUCUUGGGUUAAUAAUGGGCCAUAUUUGUGGAUACUAUUUAAUACAGCAGGUUUCUGCCAGUGUCCUUUCACUGAAAAUGUUGUACACAACAUAAAUAGCAAGCUGGAAUUAAUGAUAUGUGGCAGCAAUGGCCAAAGGUAGGCCUAAUGGUGACAUUUUAUGGACUGUGAAUAAUUAAGUUGGGUAGAACAGUCACUUAUAUCUGGUUUAUCCUGAAAAUGUCUACUGUAAAUAUAAACAAAUUCUGGAAUAACGUUUUAUAUAUGGAAAAUAUUGAAGGCUGUACAUUUAAAAAAUCAAAUAAUUAUUUUUAAGCAUAAAUAUUAAGGACUACUGGUCAGUUUGAGGUGAUUUGUCAUUUUUGUAUAGUUUCAAUAAAUAUAAACCCCAAUAAGUUUUUCCAUGUUUCCACCUCGCUCCAAUUGUUUCUUCAUCUGUUUUUAAUAAAAAAAAGAAAAGUUUACAAGGUUGGGUGCUUUGGAUUUUCUGAUUCAAAGUUCAACAUGUAUAAUUUAUUCUAGGUCAGGUUUCGGAAAAUUAAGGUUUUGGCCUUACAGGGACAGAAUGUGUUUGAUAAUUGCAGUUAAACUGGAUGGUCCACAGGGCGUUGCCACUUUGUAACUAACUAUAGCUUCUCAUUGGCAGUUUGAUUUCUUGAUCUCCCAGAUUACUCCUAAAUUCCAUGUCUACCUGUAGACUGAGUUGUGAUUCUGUAGUGUUGGGACAGUCAAGAAGCCCCUAAACUAGUUGAGGCAGCUCUGGACGGGAUGUGACUGAUGUGUGACCUGUACUUUCAGGAGAGCUUUGUGUUUUACUUUUGUUUUCUUGUGUUACAAAAUAUAAAUUAAAGAUCAUAAACUGAAA